AUGGGAAUCAAGCCCAGUCGUCACUCAAACUCAUCCAACGCAUUUCGCAAUGAUCAUGACCAUGAUCAUGGGGAUCAGAUGGGGAAAAAGACGAUGGGAUGGAGCAGUUUUAGGAUGCCACUUCAUUAUCCGAGGUACAAGAAGAGUGACUACGAGAGGAUGUCCGAAUGGGAAUUGGAUCUGAUCCUUGGAGAGUACGGCUUGCAAGUAAACGGCGAUGUUGAAGAGAAGAGAAAGUUCGCCACCGGAGCUUUUCUCUGGCCCCAACAGAUCGAUUCCUAG